AUGCUUCCGAGUGCAACGUCUGCCGUCCAACCCGCCGUUGAAGGCGACCACCUAACUCCGCGACGAAUACGCCAUGUUACUGGCGUCCAAAUUCGCAACUUGACCCCGUUUCCUGUUCGCGACGCAUUUACCUCGGCAUUAGCCCAACCAGCGGAACCGUCCCACUUCAGCGCAACUGGUGCCACAGAUGAUCUUGGGGCUAUACUUUCGAGGAAGCGCACGAGGAGGGUCUCCACCAAUUCUACUGCGACACGACGGAGUCUUAAAUGGGACGAUGUAAUUGUCGAGCAGGACAAGGUUGCUUCACCAGAAACGCGAGGAAGGGCGUCAUCUGGGACCAAGAUCACGUUUGCGGAUGUUCGAAAUGUGUCCACGAGCCCCAGUAAACCGCACUCCUUCACAACUUCAAGGUCCAGUCACUCUAUGCGAAGUCAACGCGCUCGGACGAACUCUAUGACGUCUUCGAGCAGCAGCCAUCUGGCAGGCAGCACCGUGCCGUUGGGAUCCUCAUCUACGCUGUCGACCCAUCCCUUCUCUCCAGGGAACUCUCAGUCCGCGCUGGAACGUAUUAUUGGCUCCAGAUUGGUCGAAACCUUCAUCGUUGUUUCCAUCCCAGAAAAGCCGGAUGUCGACUCUGGGUCAGGGGCAAACCCUCCUCAAUUGGCCGCACCUCUACGCUCUGCGCCACUGCUGAAAUCAACAUCUCCAGCCAGUCCUCCCACCCGAAAGACAGUGAAUAAAGCCUUGAAGGAAUCCAGUCUGCACCUCAAAAGUCGAUCCACUCCUCCUGGGUCAGCGCCAGCAUCGAGAACAACAUUCAGUCCGUCGGAGACGAAGAAGAAAGGUGAAAUGCCAGGAAAGACGGUGAUUGUCAAUGGAAAUGGGUUUGCAUCGUCUCAUGGCAAGGGAAAGUCAGUAUCAUCUCUGCCAAUCGAGACGGGAGAGCGAACGAAACCAUCUUCGCAUCUUCCCGUCUACUUCUCUCCCAUACACCGACCGUCUACCAACCCUUUCUUUCCCCUUGACCCGCGCUCAGGGCGCGAUAUUCCCUCACGGUGCAACGUUAGCGGCCAGAUAUUCAAGGUUGAGGCAUGGGUUAGAACAUCACUUCCGCGAAGAGGAGACGAGGAAGAGAAACGGUCUCACUCGAAGGAAUUCAUCUCAGGCGAUAGCGCGCCGGACUGGAAACUGCUGGGUGAAUGGGAGAUCGACCUGAAUAAGUUGAUCGCUCUACCCGACGAUUUAGACAUGAACCCCUCCCAACUACCCUUCAACACCAUCGUGAUCACACUGACACCACCUGGUCGCGCAUUCUACCUCCCUUCUGCCUCAAAGACUGUUUCGCGUUCGUCAAGUCCUUCGGCUGGGUAUACAUCUGAUCCUGAGACCGAAAUCCGCAAAGUCAAGCAGGACAGGAAACGGCCUGAUGCGCCUUCCGAUGUUAUCCAGCGUGCAGAGAUUGCCCCUUUGUCACGUCGGCGGCGACAUAAAGGCCAUAGCGAUACCCUUGAUUUUAGAGACACUGCAAAGACUCUUAGCUGGCAAGAGCUGUUCAGACUUGUCACGCUUCAAUCUUGCAUCUUGGACAAUGAGUCUUCCGUGGACGAGGUAACCAGGAAGAUAGAUGGUCUUUUGGAGAAGGACGAAGUUUUUCCCUUACGCCGCGAAAUUUCCGAACGGGAAGCUCGCAUCCAGGAACUGCGGCGUAGUCACGUCGCGGUCGUUGAUGAAGUCGCUGAGCGGAAACGCGCCUUGGACAGUCGCGCGCAGAAGCUCAAGGAGCGGGCUGAAUUGCUUUCCAUUGCCAGAGAUUCCUUUGUGUUGCACACAGACGAUGGCCCUACUAUCUCCCAUGAAAGGAAUCGUCUGACAACCCUUCGAGAAGACAUCCACUCCGCACAAACAUCCCUUCUAUCGACACUCGCUACAAUCUUUCCCAUCGAACUCUAUUCGCCCCCCGAUCUACUCUUCACGAUAUUGGACGUUCCCUUACCUAUUCCGUUAUCCUCCAACGAUCCAGGACCCCCUUUGAGUUUACCAGACCACAAGGACGUCACAGAGGAUGCAGUGGCGACCGCUCUUGGAUAUGUGGCCCAAAUCCUGCAAAUUCUCGCAGGAUACCUGGAGAAGAAUCUGGUCUACCCCGUGACUUGCAUUGGGAGUCGCAGUCUAAUAAGAGACGGCAUUUCUGCCAUGGUCGGACCUCGGAUGUUUCCUUUAUUCUCGAAAGGCGUUGAUACCUACCGAUUCGAGUAUGGAGUGUUCCUAUUGAAUAAAGAUAUUGAAAUGCUUAUGGCCGACCGCGAUUUGCGAGCGUUAGAUAUGCGGCAUACACUUCCUAAUCUCAAGAAUCUUCUACUUACGCUAACUCACGACAUUAAUGCUAAACCUUCGUUGCAACCUUCGCGAAUACCGAACUCUCCCAUCUCGUCCGUAUCAGGUUUAACAACACCUUCACGCGAAUCAUCUCCCGUACCCGACGACUCUACGACGCCAAAGGCCUCGCAUGUGCAAGGUUCUCAGCCAGCCUUUGGGAGCACAACCCCAAACGCUAGCGGGUACAACACGCCUACAGCGGCGACCGACGACACGCGCAAGGCACCCAACCUCCGGAGUUGGUCAGAUGUCCUGGGUGUCAUCGGGACAAAAUCAGAACCUGAUGUCUCAGACCGAGACAAGGUUCUAAUUCGCGAGUUCAUUUCAUGCCUCAUCGACAGCUCUUCGGGAUUGCCAGCACCCUCCGACGACCUCAACGCAACAUCGGAUCAGCCUUUGGCAACAUCCUUUGCGCUCGACACUGUGGAACGCAUCAGUGAGGACCUAUACGUGUUCAAGCUACCUCCUUCCCCCUCUUGCAAAUGGGUCAUCAGUGUUGAUUGCCCCACGACUGUUCUUUACAUCUGUCGACUGGUCGCCUCCACUCCGAACACGCAUACGGUGCUGACAAUCGCCUACCACCUACUUGAGCACCACAUACCCUUCCGCACCCUCCUUCUGCAGGCCUCCUCGGAGCCCGAACAGCUCAAUCUCCCAUACGCAGACAACGCCAACCGUUUUAACAAGCACCAAUUCACGACAGCAGACUUCAACAGUGCUAUGCUCGAGUGCCGCGCGCUGCUGGGCCGCCCGCAAGGGCGAGCUGCAAUACUUCGCGGUGGCAUUGUAGGGAGGAUUGCAAGGGAAUUUGGUAGUAAGGAGUCUGGGUUGCAAGGACCGUCCAUCGAGGUCACAGUGCAUCAUUCGGGGUACUUUGUCCCGUCUAAACACGACGGGUAUUUCUACUGGGAUGACGACCUCACUGGUGAGGAGAUUGCAUGUUUGUGUGGGACAUACUGCCUCUAUACAGGGCGUGGCGAGCAGACAACAACGGUCUCGUGGUUCCCUCCUCCGGACGUUUGGGACAAGCAGGGUUAUGGCUGGCCAGGAUGGACGGAAACUAACGAGGAGUUUUUCCAGCAGUGGAUAGCAGACAUUCGCAAGGGCAAUGCCAAACCCCUGUCGCGUCAAAACUGGUGGCGCAAGGUUCAUAGCAUCAAGAACACGAGGUCGAUGCUUAAGAACAACAGGGAACGGGCAAAGGCAUACGUCGAGUUGAACAUUCAUGCUAUGUAG